AUGGUCUGACAUUAUUAGCGAAAGAACAGACCAUGGAAAUUCCAAUAGUUAAUAUGAAUUCUUCAAUGUGUAGGUAAAUAGAGUUCACCACAUGGUAUACAUAGUCUGGUGACACUAAUUCGGUCCAUGAAAUGAAGAGAAAACAACCGCUGAUACUAAUGCGACUCUUCCAUGAGUCGUUCAAUCGACGUUUCUGCAAGCAUGAAGCGGGUUAUGCAUAUAAUUACCACAAUAAACACCGAAGAUAACUCGAGCUUCAAGGUUAUAAAGGACUGGACUCAGGAAGAAGAAGACCGUGCCCGCUGGAAAGUUGAUCUUACUUUGUUACCUUUGCUCGUUGCUGGUUUCUUUGCAUUGCAAUUAGACCGUGGUAACUUGGCAAAUGCACUGACGUCCACCUUCAUGAAAGAUGUUGGUGUUGACAGUCACCAAAUCAACGUUGGUCAACAAAUGCUAUCACUUGGUAUCGUUCUUGGUGAAAUCCCUUGUAAUUAUGUACUUCAAAAAGUUGGUCCUUCGAACUGGCUUCCAUUCCAAACUAUCGUUUGGGGAUCUAUCGCCCUUUCACAAGGUUGGAUCAAGAACUAUGGUGGUUUUAUCGCCACGAGACUGCUCUUAGGUUUAGGCGAGUCCGGUUAUAUCCCUGGCGGUCUUUAUACUAUUUCGAAGUAUUAUACAAAGAAAGAGUUGGGACGUCGUCACACUAUUUACUUCGUGGGUAACUUGGGAGCAUCUGCUCUAGGUGGUCUUAUCGCUGCAGGAAUCUUGAAAGACCUCACUGAUGUAAACGGGUGGAGUGGUUGGAGAUGGUUGUUCUUCAUUGAAGGUAUUGUAACCAUAGCUGUCGGUGUUGUACUCUUGUUCCUCUUGCCAAAAUCGACACAGGAUUCAUCCACUUUCCUCUUGAGAAAAUGGCAAUUAUACACAGAAAGGGAACGUUAUAUACUGACACAACGACUCAUACUGGAUGACCCAUUGAAGGCUCUCGACUUCAAGGGAAAAAUUACCGUGAAGGAUGUUGGAAGAGCUUUAUGGCAAAUCAGACCGUGGCUCCAUUUCUUUAUCACCAUCACCUCGCUUUGUAUCACUGGUCCAAUUGGUACAUACUUACCACUCAUUGUCAGAAAAAUGGGCUACACUCAAUUCAGAGCUAACGCAAUGUCUUCAAUUGGUACCUGGAUAUCUUUGGUAUACUUGAUUAUAAUUGGUCAAAUUCAAGAUCGUUUCAAGCCAAAGGCGACCACAGUUAUUGCCAUCUCUGGUUUGCAAAUGAUUUUUGUCAUUGUAUUCAGAGGAAUUACAACAUAUGCAGAUAACCACUUGAGACUUGGUAUAUUGAUAAUGAUACAGAGUUUCUCCGCUCUGGCGCACAUUGUCAAUACAAGUUGGAUUAGUAUGAACUCCCGUAUUCCAACUGACAGGGCCAUUCAUCUGGCACUUAUUAUUUGUGCUGCCAAUGCUUCUGGUAUAUACAACUCUCAAAUUCUUAACACUGACGAUGGUCCACACUACACAAAGGCUUUCACUGCUCUUGCUGUUAUAAGCAUCAUUUCUUUCCUGGCGUCCCUUUUCACCUACUGGCAGUAUGUCUUCUCCAACAGAAAAUUGGAAGAAAAGUAUGGACAUGCUGAGGUCUUUGAUGAAGAGGAGUUGAAAGAUGGGGUGGUUACUGAUGAUGAAGGAUUGUUUUUACUGGUUUUGUAA